AUGGUUAUCGACUUGCCUCAAAUUACAUACAUUUAUUUAUAUAAUCAAAAGAAGAAGCAAAUAUUAUCAUUACACAAAAAAUUCGAUUUUCGACAGAUAACGUUAAAGAUUUGUUCUAUAGAAUAUAUUAAUUUUCCCAAGAAAACCGUCCAGAAUUCAGAAACUGGUAAUACAAUAAUACCUGAGAAAGUAAUACAAGCCUUGAGGGAACAAUUAUUGGGAGAUGUAAGUGACAGAGUACCAAAGCGUAAUUUAAUUUAUGCUACAGCAACAUUAGUUGCUCUAGAAAAACAAAUACCAGUGACAGUAUUGGGAAAAUUCCCUAACUAUCUAAUCGCUACAUUACGUCCAGAUGGAACAUUCACUGGUGUCUCAUCUGUUGAAGACGGAAAUACAUACGGAGAUAGUCCACAAGAUUUGGGAUUUAGUGAUUUGAAUGGUAUCUGGAAGUGUGCUGGCAAACCCGGUCAAAUCACAAUCAGUGCAUUGGACUUCUCAUUUCCAAACUUGAGACUCCCAUGUACAAGAGCAUUAGAGAGAACUACAUUCACACUUCAGACCAAUAAAGAUUCGACACAAAUCUCGGGUGGAUAUACAUACAGCGGAUAUAAAUUGGAAUCAACUUCUAGUGCUGAUCAAAAACAAGUCCGUUUGUAUGGUCCAUAUUCGUAUACAGUUCAAGGGUACAAAGUAUUCGAUUUAUGUGAGAAAAAGAAAAAGAAACAUCAUGAUCGUGAAUAUUAG